AUGGUGCGUAUGCAAAGCUGCUACGGCAAUGAAUUCACACCCAUUUUCCAUUCAGACUUGGGCUCUGAUCAGUCGGAGAAGGGUAGUGACGAGUCAGGGAGUCAAGAAGGAGAUGAUAUUCAGGAAGGUGACUCGGUAGCGGAUGAGUCCGAACAGGAAGACCUUGACGGCGCAUUUGCAGAUGCCAAAGACCGAUGGAAGAUUGAUGCUGAAACCUUGAAAGGGUUCUACCUCCACAGUCCUACUGGUCAGCUGUUUAGCUGGGACCAGGCACGAGGAGUUCUCUAUGAGUACAUCCGUGGCUCAGGGGAGUGUCGCCCUAUUUGGGCCGCCGGUGCUCCACAUCUCAGCUCUGAGAUUUGGACAGUGCUGCCACUGCCUCCCACAGACCCUGCCAGCCUUCAAACUUCCACCAGCUCCAGCCGGGUUCUUUGCAUCUUGCACCUCUCGCGGGCUCGGGCCGCGAUCCGAGCUGCCGCAGCCUCCGCGGACUUUUGCGAGCGCCUGCGCCUCAACAGCCGCGCGCUGGAUGCCCUGCUGUCGCUGCCGCCGCCGGGCCAGGCCUACGUGCUGCGGACGUUCUGUGCUCCGCACCAGGACCCCUCCGGUGCCCUCCGGCGACAGGUUGAGAAGCUGCAAAGCAUGGGCACUCAAGCGCCCUAUGCUUCAGCUGUGGAGGAGGCGACUCUACGAGUUCCUGCUUCGGGAGCCAUUUUGGGCCGCUGCGUCCCAGAGAUUGCGGCCUUGUGCUGGAAUGAGACUGACCCUGUGGCUGCUGCCCAUUGUCGCAUCGCACAUGUAGACGGGGUGUACUCAGUGUGUGAUCUUGGGGCGGACGAGGACGGCACGCUCUUCGACGGCAGGCGCCUCGGCUCUGAGUGGUGUCCUUUGAAGGACGGCUGCGACAUCGACAUUGGGCCCAUCCGAAUGCACGUGGAGCUAAAGCCGGUGACAGCUGAUGGCACAGAGGAUUUGACUCGCGUGGGUGCUCCUGACUCCGAGGCAAAGCAGGUGCCUCAGCGAGGCUCCUGGAGAGCUGUCAAGAGAGGAGCCGCAGAGCCCUUUGAUUCCGUCAAGCGGCCAAGGCCAACAACUCCAGCGCCUCCAAAAAGUGAGGCGCCGAUUUGUGUUGCCAUAGGCAGUGCUGCCUUAGGCAAUGCUACUGAGGCUGGCAGAACUAGUAGAGCUGGUAGAAAGGAGAUCGUUGACGUGCCGGACAGUCCUCCACUAUCACCUAUGCGCUUUACCCUGAACGAACCAGUCGAUGAUCUUCUGCAAUUGCAGCGGCGGCGUGCCCACUGUCCCUCGCUUGGGGGAGCUGGUCGUGCAUUCUGGGCCGUUCCUCGAGAUCCAUCUCCCGAGCCAUCUCCUGAUUGGGUUCCCAAAACGCCUUGA